GCUUACUAGUGUUUAGACACCCAGUGUCCUCAGAGGAGAAACUGAGCUCAUGUGAAAAUGGCGUCUCCGAAAACAGUGCCUAAAGAUGCACAGGUAAUGAUGCAGAUUCUUAAAGACAUGGGAAUCACUGAGUAUGAGCCCAGAGUCAUCAAUCAAAUGCUGGAGUUUACAUACAGAUAUGUAACAACUAUAAUUGAAGAUGCAAAAAUAUAUUCCACCCAUGCUAAAAAGUCCAGUGUGGAUGCAGAUGAUAUAAGGUUAGCAAUUCAGUGUCGAGUGGAUCAGUCCUUUACAUCACCUCCACCUCGAGAUUUUCUGUUGGAAAUCUCGAGGCAGAAGAAUUUAACCCCAUUACCCCUUAUUAAGCCAUACACUGGUCCACGACUUCCACCAGACCGCUACUGUCUAACUGCACCCAACUACAGACUGAAGUCCUUGCAGAAAAAGGUGACUUCGUCUGCGGGCAGAAUAACAGUGCCACGGUUGAGUGUGGGGGCAGUUUCCAGUAGGCCAAGCACUCCAACUUUCGGCACACCCUCCGUGCAGACGGUGGGGUCAAAAGUAGGGACACCUGUGUCACUGACAGGCCAGCGCUUCACUGUUCAGAUUCCCUCUUCACAGGCUGCCUCUGUCAAAUCAGCUACUCCAGCCACCCCCACAGUUCAGAAUGUCCUAAUCAACCCCUCCCUCAUCGGCUCCAAGAACAUCCUCAUCACUACUAACAUGGUCUCCCAGAAUUCAUCCAAUGACUCAACCUCUCUCAAGAGGAAGCACGAAGAUGAGGAUGACUAUGAUGCUUUAUGACCGGCUGUGCUUUACUAGUGUGGAAACAAGUGUAAUUCUGUAAAUAAGCCAUCAUUAGUUGUCAAUCUACCCCUGUUUAGGUUAUUACUCAAUACUUUGUUGCCAUUACAAUUAAUUGUUAAUUUGUGUAUGUAAAAAAUAAAUAA